AUGGCAGCGCAGCGGCUGGGCAAGCGCGUGCUGAGCAAGCUUCAGUCCCCGUCGCGGACCCGCGGCCCGGGGGGCAGCCCUAGUGGGCUGCAGAAGCGGCACGCGAGAGUCACCGUCAAGUACGACCGGCGGGAACUGCAGCGACGGCUGGACGUGGAGAAGUGGAUCGACGGACGCUUGGAGGAGUUAUACCGCGGCAGGGAAGCAGAUAUGCCCGAUGAGGUCAACAUUGAUGAGCUGUUGCAAUUGGACAGUGAAGACGAGAGAAGCCGCAAAAUCCAGGGACUCUUGAAGUCCUGCAGGAACCCCACGGAGGACUUCGUACAGGAGCUGCUGGCCAAGCUGCGGGGCCUGCACAAGCAGCCAGGCUUCCCACAGUCCAGCCGCUCAGAUGACCCCAGCCUGAGCCCCCGCCAGGACCGGGCCCACACCGCCCCACCCUGA